UAGACCUACAUGACCAUACUCUGUACCUUAUAAUAUAGUAUCGCUAUUACUAUUAGUAUAGGCCCUUUAAUUAAUUUAGUAUCGCUACGACGAUAAUAUUAGCACUACUACCGUGGUACAAGUAACUGAGUUGCAACUAAAAGUUCUGGCGGCUGUAGAUACUGGCCACUUGGUACAACUAGUACUAGUAUUAUCCUGUGGUAGUUUUCCAAAAUAUAUGUAUUUUUCAGAUUGGCGAAAAUGAAGUGACCACUGAUUUUUCGAAUAGUAGAAAUAUUUAGCACAAUUUUCAAAAGUAGGGCAUUCUUUUGUGAAUAACAUCAAACAUUAACUUGUGAUUAUGAAUAAACAAACUAGUUUUAUCGUAAUCGUGAUAGUCAUUUCUCUGGCAUAUUUGGGGCAUUAUUUAUAUGAGCUAUUAGGGAAAAACAUAAUUAAUGAAAGCAAUGUUCAUCGAAAGCAUGAUAAGUGGCAGUUGCAAGUAUUUAAUGAUAUUGACAAAAAUGGCGAUGGAGUAUUAAGUUAUGAAGAGUUUCUUCCAUUUUUGGAUAAAGCAUAUAAUGGACACUAUUCUCUAGUGUCAGAGGAUGCCAACUUAGAAAAAGAAACUGAGUAUGAGGUUCAAGAAGAAAUAAAUAUAGACUUAAAACCAAAUGAAGAAAAAGUCACUAUUCAAUGUUUUUUUCAACCACUUGUGUUAACAUCCUUGACAAAAGAUGUUUUCCAUAUGGAUCCAAGUCAUUCAAGGGUUCUGGAAGGUCUUCUGCAGUGGAAGAAGCCCCGCCAUUUGUGGCAGGACUUUGCCAUAUGUAAUUUUUCUAUAUUUCUUCCUCCAUCUGAUCUGCACCCUGGAAAACCCUGGUGGAUAAUACCAUCAGAGCUAGAUGCUUAUUCUGGUCAACUCUCCAGUUCAAGGAUGCUUCCUCCAAAAGUCAAACCCCAUAUUAAGUGGUUACAUGCAAUGCUUGGAAUGUUUCAUAAAAAUGUAUUUCUUCAUUCUCGCUUUGCACCUCAAGGAAUGACUGCAGUAAUUCGAGCAAUGAAUGAAGAAUACUUAGAUGUUCUGUUCAGGCUGCAUGCAGAAUUUCAGUUGAAUGAGCCACCAAACUAUCCAUUUUGGUUUACUCCAGCACAGUUUAGAGGGCAGAUAAUUAUUAGUAGAAGUGGCAACAUUGUUAAACUUUUCAAAAUGGAAGUUCCAACAGAGAGAAAACUUAAUGUUGACAUGGAGUGGUUGAAUGGACCAAGUGAGACUGAGGACAUGGAAGUUGAUAUUGGGUAUAUUCCCCAAAUGUCACUGGAAUAUUUUGAUCCCUCAUUCAGCAAAGAAAGACAGAAUUUUCAAACUAGUCAAGAUGCACAACAUGAUAAAGAGGUUAAUGAGGUGUUGCAGUGGACACAGGAGAUACCAUAUGAGAAUGCCUAUAAGGUUUUAGAGAGACUAAUGUAUCCAUUUAAACAGGUGACAUACUACAAUUUUACAGAUGCCUUUACUCAAGCACAAACUGACAACAAACUUGUUCAUGCUGUGUUACUCUGGGGGGCUUUAGAUGACCAAUCCUGCUGAGGAUCUGGGCGGACGCUGCGAGAUGGAGCUCUUGCAAGUCCGCCCAAUCUUCAACUUCUUCAAAAUCAUUUUGUUAGUACUUGGGCCUUGGUGUCAGAUUUAGAAAUCUUGAAAUCUCAGAAUCCACCUAACCUGGAAUCCCACCUUGCUGAAUCUGUUCUCAAAGAUUAUAAUUUCCCAGUGGAAUCUUUGGUAGUGUACCCAAAUGGAACAGUUGUUCAUCAUAUUAAUGCUAACACACUUCUUGAUUUUGGUGAUCAAAUCAUUGAUUUCUCAAUCUUGAAAGGAUUUCGUGACCCUGUGGAAAAAGAGUAUCACAACUUUUUAGAAGAAGCCUUAAGAAAAGCCGAUUCAUUUCUACAAGAAUCAGAAAGUGGACAUGAUGAACUUUAAUUUUUGUAAAAAGAAAAACUUGAAACUUUCACUAUAUCAAAAAACAAAAUCCUGUUAUAAAGUUUUCAAAUAUUUUACAUUUGAUCUUAGUACCAAGUGAAUUUAAAUAGUUAUAGUGUUUGUCAUCCAUAGUGUACAGUCUUAUGACAUAAGAUGAUGCCACAACCUUAAAACAAGCAAUUUGCAUGGAUGUGGUUAAUGUAAAAUGUCAUAAGGAGGUGAACAGAAGUUACUCAUUAGAUUGAGUUCGUUAAUGUGUUAUUUGCUCAUGUAAUAAUGAUAUUACAGGUGUCAUAAACCUAUUCUUUAGUAACUAUUUUGACAUUGGGUCAUUUUAAAAUUUUGAUGGAAAAUGUAUCAUUUAUAAAAAUAUAAUUUUGAUACAAAGUUUUCAUUGUGAUUUUUUUAAUGUUAUGUCUUGAUAUUUACCAUAUUCCUUAUGUUUUCAUCAGUCACUUGAUUAAUUUUACUACAGAGUGGGAAUAUUAAAACUUUUGAUAUAUUUAGACUACUGCUUAAACACUAGAGAAAUAUUAUCUGGUUAAUAACCGUGUAUUUAAUUCUAAAAUAUUACUCAUAAGUUUUAAUCAUCUAUUGAAGUUAAAACUAAAUAUGCCUCAUGUAAUGUUAAUCAAACUAUUUUACAGAAAAAUUUAAAUUUUUGUGUGUGAAAUUUCUUUAUGAAAUUUUUAAUAAAGACU